AUGAGACUCAAGACCCUCUUCAAACGCUCUCCAACCUCAACAUCCUCCUCCUCCUCCGCCUCCGCCUCCGACUCCAAGUCCUCCUUCUCCUCAGCCUCCCCUUCAGCCCUCCUCCGCAAAAUGUCCUUCAAAAUCCAAGAAAAGCUUCCCUCAAAGGGCAUCUUCGUAAACGCCUACAUCUCACCCACCGUCGCCUCCUGGGGCGCCUGCAGCAUCACCUUGUCCGUGCCCGGCGAGACCGUCGUCUUCCAAUCAUCUUCUUCAGACCCAAAACAAAAACAGUUUUUCUCCCGCGCCAUCGAAGUAGAAGCGCGCAACAUCCCUUCGCUGUUCGACAAAAAGGGGCGUUUUUCCUUUCGCGUCAAUUUGAAUGUGAAUGGGCAACAAGAAAACAGAGUGAUAACAGAACAAUGGAUCGACGUCAACGCCGUCACGGGUCUAGCGACGGGCGGAACAAUGGAUAGCAUCGCUUCUACGCCCUCAAUCUUCUCAUGGGUCGAUCCCGACGGGACACCAAAGCGCAGGGAGGUGGUUGUCACGUACGGCUUUUACGAGAGCGGUCCCACGACACAAAGACAGGAUAUCCUCCCCAAGCGACACCAGUGCUACAUCGCCGUGUCGCCGGCGGGGAGUAGAUGGAUGGAGGACCUGAUCCCGCCGGGAUCGUGGCAGGAGAAUCGCAGGUUCAGAAGACUCGUCCUGCCGAGCGCGCAUGACUCCGGGAUGAACAGCAUGGCGAGCAGCACGCGACUUUUGAACAAGAUGGGCGGCGCGGUGGUCGGCACGUUGGUGCACGAUAGCCGGAUCAUGGCGGAGAUAGCGGACGCGGUUUCGGGACCCGCAAUAGCGCUGAUCGCGCCGAAUAUUAUAUUCAGUCUGGCCAUGACGCAGAAGGAUAGUCUGGAUGCCAUGUUACGGAUUGGGGCGCGGUACUUUGAGUUUCGCCCGGCGUAUUGUCAUAGUGUGGUGAGAGCGGCGAUGCAGAAGGGGAAGGACGGUUUGCCUGAUCGGUUGUAUUUCCAGCACGGCGCGAUUCCGGGCAUGGGCUAUGAUGUUUUCCUGGCGGACGUGGUGGCGUUCCUCUUGGCGCAUCAGAGCGAGAUUGUGGUGGUGCAGCUGCGGUGGGAUGGGGUUCCUGCAGAGUGUGCGAAGCCGUCGGAUCAGGAUAAGAGGGAGUAUCUUGCGAAGGCCCUGGAGAAGGCGGGUGAUCGGAUAGUGGUUGGAAAUGAGAAUGAUAUGAGAAAUGCGACUAUUGCGGAGCUGAGGAGGGAUAAGAAGAGGCUGAUCAUGAUGGAGAGCGUGGAUAGUCUGUCGACGUAUACGGAUGAGGGAAACGCCACAAUGGAUGGCCAGAGCAUUGUGGAUGCUUUUCCGAGGAUGCUUACCGAGAAUAAUUGGAAAGGCAAGGCGUUCAUCAACAUCCAGUGUCAGGCGACGGCGACGAACAUACCCAAGGCCGUGGCAUUCUCGGUGUUGGAAGCGGGCACGACGUCGAGCUGCAUCCUGGCAACGAAGGCAGUUUGUGAUUCCAAGACGUUGCCGUGGUGUAGGGAUAACGUUCUGGCGACGUGUGGGUUCGACACGCUUGUCGUUAUGAUGAAUGAUUUUAUUGACGGAGCGACGGCGGAUGUUGCAUACCAACUCAGUAAGCAGAGACUGAUAGCAUAG